UCUCUCCUCAUGGCAGGUUUUUGUACCACUCCAUGGAGGUGGAUUUCUGGGAUUUUAGCAGUAUUGUGUCUUAUGUUGAUGGCUAUUUUGGGAAUUGUGUUGAAAAACUCUUUUCAUAAAUUAGAUAUUGAACCAACACUCUCUCCAGGAACCACCCUCAUAUCCCAGGAAGACUCUGACUGCUGUUCUUGCCAGGAAAGAUGGAUCCUGUACAGCUGCAACUGUUACUUCAUUUCCAGUGAAAAAAAAACUUGGAAUGAAAUUCUCAGUUUCUGUGUUUCUCAGAACUCCACACUUCUUCAGAUGCACAGCAGAAAUGAAUUGCACUUUAUGAAAUUCAGUAGAAAAUUUUUCUGGAUUGGAGCCACCUACAGUGAAAAACAACAAACCUGGGUGUGGCUGAAUGGCUCUGCUCUCUCUCAAGAUCUAUCACCAUCCCAUAAAAUUUCAAGUUCAAAGAACUGCAUAGUAUACAAUCCAAACCUUGGUAUUCAGGAUCAAACUUGCAUAUGGAUAAACUUAUAUAUCUGUAAGCAAGAACUUAUCUGGUAUCAGCAUGGAGGAAACUGCUACUUUUUCUCAAGAAAGAUGCUUCUUUGGAGUAAAUGUUUUGGUUAUUGCGCUGACUUACAUUCAAGCUUUGUUAAAGUGGAUACUGAAGAAGCAAUGGAUUUUGUAAUGCAGUUGUCAAAGUUGCAGUGUGAAAUGCGUAAAGAAAAGUUUUUCCUCAGUUUAUCCUACAACAGCCAAUGGAAAAAAUGGGUUUGGUUCGAUGCUACAGAUUAUACCCUGAGCAAAUUGCUCAGCCUCGAGCUCAGUCCAUGGCAUGACCUCGAUCUUCUGGAACAAGCACAUGUGAGUCUUCCCUGCAUGGAGUGGGGCAUCUCUCCUCAUGGCAGGUUUUUGUACCACUCCAUGGAGGUGGAUUUCUGGGAUCUUAGCAGUAUUGUGUCUUUUGUUGAUGGCUAUUCUGGGAAUUGUGUUGAAAAACUAUGGACUGAGAGUUCACGCUUAUAUCCAGAAAUGCUUCAAGGUCAGUUUUUGGCUGUUGGCAAAAAUAAGGACAGUGAACUAACUAAGAAGAUGUGGUAA